AUGAGUGAGGAAACCACUUCUUCAGCUUUGCUAGAACAACUAGUUUAUAUAGACAACUAUAUCAAUAAUCAAGGAAGUUCACAUACUACAGAAAGUUCUAAUGCAACGCCGAAUAUCGAUGUUGAUGGUCAGUUAAGUUUGGAUCUUGCUGCUUUUGCUGAUGAUUCGUUUGUGUUCCCCGAUGAAGAUAAACCAAAUAAUUAUUUUUACAAAGACGAUGACAAUGACAAUGACAAUGAGAGAAGAGGGGGGAACGGUGAUGAUGAUGAUAAUGAUGAUAAUGACGAUGAAAAAAACCUGCUUGAUAAAAGAAGAAGCAACCACCAUUCGAAUAGUGGGAAAUGGGACAUUGUUUCUGCUUUUGAAAAUAUUCCCAUCGUAGGAAACAAUGACGAUCAAAACAAUAUAUUUAUAAAGCAAGAAAAUAAUAACGGGCCUUAUGGAGGGAAGGAAGUACAAGAACAACAGUUUAACGAUGGAAAUCAACAAACUAUAUUGAAUCUCACCGAUUUGCCCAAAUUCCCCGUCCCUCCAGGUGCAAAAUCAUCCUUGGUUAGUGCAGGAUUGACUAAAAACCAAAUUGAUUUAUUGAGUGCUUUGGUUGCUCAACAUCAGUCGAGUAUGGGUAAACCAAUACCGCAGGAAACACUGCAGAGUCAACUGAACCAAGUGAAUUUGUUACAUCUGCAUAAUAACAAUGACAAUAACUCAUCUUCUGCUAGAUUUGUUGUUGACCCCGAUUUACAAAACCUUCUACCUCAUGGUAGUACAGUCGCAUCUUCCUCGUUUGUCAAUUCCAAUUCUUCUCAUCAACAGCAACAUCAACAAGCGUACUCAUCACAUAUUUCAAUCACACCCAACGUUUCUGUUUCUCCUGCUGAAAUCCCUGUACGACAGCAACAGCAUCAACAACAACACCAACAACACCACCAACAACAACAACACCAACAACAACACCAACAACAACACCAACAACAACACCAACAACCGUUACACCAACAUUUUCAACAAUGGCAAUUUGAGUCCCAACUUCAACAGUCUCAAAACAACACAACGCUAAUGGAAUCAAUUAACCAAAUUAGGCCAUUACCUCCUCCACGCACCGCGUCUAUAGCAUCCACAUCAUCGAAUCUCUCUUCACCAGAUGCAGCAGCGGAACUAGAUAAAAAGAGAAGGAAUACCGCGGCAAGUGCCCGGUUUCGAAUCAAGAAAAAAUUAAAAGAACAGCAAAUGGAGAGUAAGAUAAGUUCAUUACAAGUACUUAUUGACAGUUUGGAAGAGAAAUUGAAUAAUCUUGAAAUGGAGAAUAAAUUGUUAAAAAACUUGAUUAUUGAGAAAGGCAGCCAAAAGAGUGAUGACGAGGUAAAGCUAUUGAGAGAGAAAGCACGAUUAACUUAG